UUAUCAACUAUAUAUUACCUAGUUUAAUUACUGAUGGAUUAAAACAACAAGAUGCAGGUGCAAUCAUGAGCAUCGGUGGUCUCAGUUCAUUGUUGAUAACACUACCGGCCGGCCUACUAGUCGAUCGUAUCAGUCCUAAACUGAUGCUCGUAACCGGUCUACUAGUGGCCAGUAUAGCUACCGGUGUUUUUGCAUUGUCUACAACAUUGGCCAACUAUACGAUGAGUUGGUUUAUCAAAGGACUGGGCGAUGGUCUAGCACUGGCCACAUAUGGUGUAUUGAUUAGGCGAGUGGCCAGUCCCUCGAAAAUGGCAUCCCUUACGGCAAUGUUUAUGAUGACCUACAAUAUUGCCGGUAUAGUUGAACCCGUAUUGGCCAAUACAUUGAUCCAGUGGUUUAAUUGGCGUGUCUAUGUAUUGGUUAAUUCAAGUUUGGUAGCACUGGUAUUGGUGGCUAGUAUAUUGUUUUUAGAUACCGGUGCUAAUCCUAACCCUGAUGAUACUAAUAAAAAUAAGCUAGAUAAAAAACACCAUGAUAAAACUAACCCGUCAAGCAUGCUCAAUGUAUUAGCUAACCCGUUACAAUGGACAGGUAUAGGUGCAAUGUUUACCCUAUUUCUAUCGCGUAUGGUAUUGGGUCAAUGGGCUAAAAUCUACCUGUCCAAUAGCCUAGGUCAAGAUAAUUACAUAUCGAUGGGUUUCGAUGGUUUUAUUAAUAUGGCAGCAUUGGGUGCAAAUUUUUUCAUUGCCUACCUAAGCGAUAGGGCAAUUGUUGGCCUGGAUAAACCUAGCUUGGUUAAUUAUCGUUUUAAAAUGUUAAUGAUAUUGGGUAUAGUUUAUACGGUUGGGUUGCACCUGUUUAGUUUUCAGGCCAACCAACAAUCAUCAUGGUUAUUUUUCAUAUUGAUUGCCUGCCUGAUUGGUUUGGGUAUGUCUGGUAGUGCACUACACCAAUCGUUGCUUAUCUAUGAUUUGGAUCCCAUGAAUCCGGGUAUCUGGUCGGCCAUCAAUAUGUUUGCCAUAACAGGGUCGUCAAUAUUGGCCGGUUAUCCAAUUAGUUCAAUGGCCGAUAGCUAUGGUUGGCAGCAAACUUAUAUUGGACUGGAAAUGUUAUGUAUCGGUGCAGUUGCCCUAACUUUUUUAGUAACCAAAUAUUAUGUUAAUAAAAUUAAACAAGAUUAAUUUUUUUUUUGUUAGAAAACUUUUAAAAUUUAUAAA